AUGCAAUGCCUUGCGCAGAUUUAUCGCCUUAUAGUGAACGGGCAGCAAUCCACAAAACGCGACUUAUAUUAUGAACGUGUAUCGCUCUAUAGGACUCAGUCGAACCUGAACCGGACAAUAACUGCAAUAUGUGAUUUCCUCGAUGAACCACGUCUUGCGCUGAAUGUUAUUUCCAGUAGUAAAGGGAUGUUGUCUGGCGCUCUAGCCUUCCUGACCAACGAGCAGAAAUUGAUUGACUGCCGUAAUCAACAAGUGUUAAUUUCAGAAUCCUUGACAAGUUUCCGUGUUAUCAGUGAUAUUCAAUUCAUAAUUGUCGUUGAGAAGGAUGCCAUGUUCAAAAAACUAAUCGACGAAGGUUAUUUUACAACUUUUCCGAGGAGUCUGCUUGUGACGGGAAAGGGAUAUCCUGAUAUAUGCACUCGUAAAGUUCUGCGUUGGUUAGUCGAGAAAUUAAAUGUUCCAAUCUACGGCUUAUUUGACAGCGAUCCCCAUGGUAUCGAGAUAAUGUUGACUUUCAAAUACGGCUCUGUAUCAGAUUCCAGAGAAGGAAGAGGGUGCAAUGUAAAAGAAAUCCAGUGGCUUGGAUUUAGACCAUCAGAUAUCUCGCAAUUGCCCAUUGUGCGACAUCAAUAUUUGAAGCUUGGUAAUCACGACUUUAUGAAAAUAACGAAGAUUCGGCGAAGAGCUCAAGGAUUGGGAGAACGCGAUAUCGUUACUGAGCUGGACCUGUUGCGUUCACUACGUACCAAAUUGGAAUUGGAAGCGCUAUCUUCAAUAGCCCCUCAGUAUAUUAUUCGUUUUUAUCUCAUGCCUCGCCUAGCUUCAUUACCCUCACCAAGCUCUCGAACGAUUUUACCGCAGAUUGAAGAACGGUGUCAUGAAGAGAAUGGCAUCGAUCGUGAAGAUUGCGUUGAAAAGUAU